GAAAAUAUCUUGCAGCUCAAGUCAUGCAUCUCUUCCAAGUUCUGUCCCAUAAUAUUUGGAUAUCUCUCAAUCACACUCUUACAGAAAAGGCCCUGGUCAACGACGAGCAGGCUUGCAAAAACUUCGAUAUAGAGGCAGACACGGACUACUGCUAUGCCGAAUUUCAACUCUAUUACGAUUACGAACAUCACUUGAGCAAUGGGGAUUUCACUCUGUAAUUGCAUAUCGAGACCCUUUCACGAAGAGGCAGGAACGCGGUUCCAAUCGAUUGGAGCAUUAGAUUACUGUUUCUGUCUGUUACGAUUUCCAUAACGUCACCCACAGGUCAAUGCCCCACACGGGUCUUUGCCCAACUUUUCACGACCUCCCAACCUUUAAUCUUAGAUAGAUCAACAACAACCCGUAUUCAUCCAA